CCGAUACCCGGAGAGGUUGCUCGCUGCUCGUCGUCCGAAUUAUUAAAUCGUGACGGCAGCGAAUGAAAACAAAAAAUAAAAAGCAUCAUAAAACAUGGUGCUCGCUCCCAGAGAAGGUCUUCCGUUGGGCCUGUGAGUGUCGGCAGGUUCUCCACCGCCGCCUCUUCGGGGGAUUCUGCUGUCUUGAGUCCGUCCUGACCCGCGACACCGCAGGGCGAUGACAGCGGCUACAGCCACUCCGCAGGUGAUGAGAGACCGGCUACUGCAGGCCAUCGACGGCCAGAGCAAUCAGAUAUGCAACAUGGUGGUAGUUAUGGAGGUGAUCUCCUUUUUGGAGAAAUAUCCGAUCACCAAAGAGGCACUGGAGGAAACCCGUCUUGGCAAGCUCAUCAACGAUGUCCGGAAGAAAACCAAGAAUGAGGACCUGGCAAAAAGGGCCAAGAAGCUCCUGCGAAACUGGCAGAAGCUAAUUGAGCCCGGAAAGGGUGAGGUGUUGUCCAAAGGACACAGCGGCGCAUCGUGGUCUUCCAAUGGUGGUGCUCAUCCCUGCAUCUCCACUACAGCGGCCACCACGCCAUCAGGUAAAACGGGUCCAGAGUUGAAGAACAGAAACGACUUCAACAACUGUUACUCCCCGAGGGUGGAGAAACCGAGCAACAGGAAACGUAAGGGUGACCAGAAGGAAGGACAGCUCUUGCCAGCCAAGAUAUCCAAAACGACUCUUAAUGAUAAAAUUCACAACUCCAAACACCUGCCGACCAAUGGGAUUGGUGGUAGCUCUGAAAUUUUGACAGAUACUCGUGCGCAUCAGUCUUUGGACAGGGAGAUUUCUGAGCCUUUGGACAAUGAAAGGCUAAAUAAAAUCCCAGUCAAUGCUGUAAAACCUCAUCCAAGUGCCCCGGGAUACAUCAAGCCUCCGAGCACUUCUUCUUUGCUAAAAGCAUCAGUUUUGCAGCAACAAGCCAGACAGGAGAAAGCUUUCUCUGGGGGCCAGUGUCGACCCAGAAGCCCACGCUGUUCCUUGCACAGUCCUCAACCUCCAAAGCAGGAAGCUGGUGUCAAACAGACUGCAGCACAGGCACAGGGUCUUUCUAGCCCCACUGUGAGGCCUGGGCCUGUGGACACCUCUGGGCCGGAGCCUUCCACUCAGCCUUUCACCGGUUGUGUUCAGGGUUUGCACACACCCGGUUCAGAUUUGGAUUCUCAAAGCAGGCCUCCGACUACGUCUCUUCUCAAGUCUUGUGCCUCCUCCUGCAGUGACGUGCUUAGUUUGGAGGAUGAUGGUGCAGUUAUCAAUACGGAGAAAAGGAAAAGACAGAAAUACAGGCCUAAGGACCAUGUGAUCAAUUUAGAUGGACAGACUGUAGAGGAUGGCACUAAACCCGUCAGGUUAAAAGACAGGAGACUGACAUUUGACCCUGUAACAGGACAGAUAAAAUCCUCCUUUAAUAAGGAGUCGUGCCAGGAGGGGGGGGUCAGCCUGGACCACAGACCUGAGCCUCAGUGGUCGGAGCAGCCAAAGCAGACUCCACCAGUCCCUCCCAGUCCCUUCCAGCAGACGGACUGGAAAGAGCUGUCGAGGAGCGAAAUCAUCCAGUCGUACCUCAGCCAGCAAAGCAACGUGCUGACGUCGUCGGGCGCACACACCCCCGGUGCACACUUUUUCAUGACCGAGUUCUUGAAAAAAGAGGAGCCCCGAAGUACAGAUGUCAAGAAAACACAUGUGCUGGCACCAGAGCUCCCAGCCAGGGAUUUACCGGGGGUCAGCAGAGAGGUCAUCAACGAGGACCUGAACAGAUUACACAAGCAUCACUGGUCCGGGGUCAACGGCUGCUAUGACACAAAGGGUGCUUGGUAUGACUGGACGGAGUGCAUCUCUUUAGACCUGCACGCAGACGAGAGCAGGUUAAACAUACUGCCGUACGUCUGUCUGGAUUGAAACGGAGGUAGGGUUGUGAGCUGCCUUCAUCAUAUCGCGGAUCAACUCUGCGUGUGUGUGUGUGUGUGAAGGCACUUUUAUUUCAGUGUACGCUGCUGUUUUGCACCGUUGGUGAAAGUGGAAUUGGUGUGCCGUCUGCUUGGGUGUGUGUGUGUGUGUGUGUGUGUGUGUGGAGCGGGGGGGGGGGGGUGAUCAGUGUUUUUAGGAGUUUUUGAACAUUGUGUUAGGACAGCACGAAGAACUGAGGCUAUGCAUUAUCUGAACAUUUAGCUGUAUCUGUUCAGUAAUUGUACAGAAUAAGUUCUGUACAAGUUACUGGCCAUUCUGUACUGGACAUUCUUCAUAUGGGGAGAGGACAACACAUUAAACUGCACAGCUACAUUUUAUUCCUGUUAUCUACAUGCCACGUACAUUUAGUCCAUAGUGCAGUAUUAUUUAUUUUGACUUUAAGAUAAAUUUGUAGUUAAAGUUUAAAAGAAAAUGGGACUCGAUCAACUCAAUCACCUUUCAAUAGAGAGUAGUAAGUAACAUAAUUGGAGCAGUCUGCCAAUGAUGUUUUUGUUACGCUGACUCGUGCAUCUUGAAGGCUAUUGAGCGGUUUGAAGCUGAAAUGAAUGCUAUCUUCAAGUAGCUGUCAUUGGUACCAUUGGUACUAACAACUAUCUACUGCUGUGCAAAACUUUUAUCUUUAGAACAGAUGUUUACCCAUUGCAAAACUGUCGUGCAGCCACUUUCAGCUGAAAAGUAAACUGAUAAGUCAGCUUUAAACAUUUGAAUAUUGUUCUUGUGUUGUUGGGUUUGAAUGCUGUUCGAUAAAGUAAACUGCCAGAUGUGACUGUGCAGUUUGGGGUGAGGGAAAGAGAGGCUGGUAUGGGGGUUGAAAAAUGCAUGUUGCUGAUAAAGAAAUGUGGCUGUCAUGUAUGAUAUUUAUUUCUAUUUUAAUUUUAAAAUUUAUAUACAUGUUCAGGCUACACAAACAUUUUUGUUAGAUGGUUUUGUUCAGAAUUGGUUCAGUGAUGCAGCAGUGACAGUCCAACACAGGAAACUCUCCAAAAUGACACAUUCUGAUAAUGUGAACUCUAUUUUAUACUUGCCUUUUCCCUUUACUGUGUAUUUAGGCUAUAAAAUAUGAAUUGAAAUGGCAGAGCGGUUAAUACUACUAGCUUGCAUCUUUGUACUGUCAGGACGAACUGAGAAAUAAAUUGACAUGCUGGAUAAAGUACUUAAUAUCAUUCCUGUAGAUAUUGUUUGCCUUAUGGAAACCUGUGUUUUCCCUAAAGACGGAGCCUUAGUGAAUGUACAGAAAUUAGCCUUUUGUGUUCCAUUGAAUGCAGAAGAGGACAUAUUUGCUACUUAGUCCUUUAAGUGGACAUGUUGAUAUGUGUUAAUAAAAAAUAAAAAAAACUGAAGAAAUUGUGAUUUUCUUUGUACUUGUCUAUUGCUUACUCUUUGCAAUUACUUUUUUUUUUUUUUUUUUUAACCUAACUGGCAAAUUAAUUUCCACAGUGCAGAAUCAUCACUCUUUUUGGCAACAACAUUCCUAUGCUCAUGAGAAAAAGGGCAUUCUGAAAAAAAUACUGGAAUUAAAAAAAAAUACAAGAAGCCUACGUUUCACAAUGUCAUGGUUAUGUAUAGUUAUUAGCUAUUUCACAAUGUGUUUCAUUUUGAACACUUUCAUGUUCAGGGAAUGGGUCAUCACUUCUCAAGCAUUUCCAAGUGGUUUGUUUUAAAUGCAUUUGUUUUUAUUUGUUAUUUUAAUUUAUAUUUUAAUGGUUGAUUAUAUAAAUUCAAACGCCAAUAUCUACCAUUUUGAAUGCAGCCCACAGCAGAUAAAUUCAAUAAACGCACGUCAGAAUAAAUGCUUUUAUUCUGAAACGUGUCACCGGAAGCGGAGCGUACCCUUCAUUGUUGGUAGUCGCGCGGCGCCUGCCUCCCUCCCCCAAUGAGCCAGACGCACAUCGCCGGUGACUCGU